UGCAGAGAGACUGAACCUUAAAAUGGCAUGUGAUUACAACUACCUUAAUCAGAGUGAAUGCUUGGCAAUUGAUGGUGUUGAUGAAGCUCAAAAUUUUCAUAAUCUUAUGAAAGCCUUAGACAUGGUUCAAAUUUGUAAAGAAGACAAAGACAAUACAUUUGCUAUGCUUGCUGUGGUUUUAUGGUUGGGAAACAUAUCAUUUCAAGUAAUCGACAAUGAGAAUCAUGUGGAGGUGUUGGCUGAUGAAGCUGUAACUUCUGCUGCUAGGCUGAUGGGUUGCAGUGCUGAGGCACUGAUGCUAGCUUUAUCUACCCAUAAAAUUCAAGCUGGCAGGGAUGGUAUUGCUAAAAAGUUGACAUUGCAGCAGGCGAUUGAUACCCGGGAUGCAUUGGCAAAAUUCAUAUACGGAAGCUUGUUUGAAUGGCUUGUAGAACAAAUUAACAAAUCACUUGAACUGGGCAAAUGGCAAACAGGGAGAUCCAUAAGUAUCCUUGAUAUUUGUGGGUUUGAAUCUUUUAAGAAGAAUAGCUUUGAACAGUUUUGUAUUAAUUAUGCAAAUGAGAGGCUGCAACAACAUUUCAACCGGCAUCUAUUUAAACUUGAGCAGGAGGAAUAUGAAUUAGACGGCAUUGAUUGGACCAAAGUUGAAUUUGAAGACAAUGAAGAGUGUUUGAAUCUAAUUGAGAAGAAACCAUUGGGGAUACUAUCUUUACUAGAUGAGGAAUCAAAUUUCCCAAAAGCCACUGAUUUGACAUUUGCAAAUAAGCUUAAACAGCACUUGAGUUUAAAUUCUUGCUUUAAAGGGGAGAGAGGCAGAGCUUUUGGUAUUCGACAUUACGCUGGAGAGGUUCUAUAUGACACGAAUGGCUUUCUGGAGAAGAAUCGAGAUCCUCUGCACUCUGACCUCAUCCAACUUCUGUCAUCAUGUUCUUGCCAACUCCUAAAGUUGUUUUCCAAAAUGCCUAAGCAGUCCCAUAAAUCAGCUAACUUUUGUUCAUUGGAUUCUAAAAAGCAAAGUGUUGGUACAAAGUUCAAGGGUCAACUCUUCAAACUAAUGCAGCAGUUGGAGAACACAAAACCUCACUUUAUUCGCUGCAUAAAGCCAAACAGUAAGCGGCUUCCCGGUAUAUAUGAUGAAGAUCUUAUUUUACAACAGCUCAGGUGUUGUGGAAUUUUGGAGGUGGUUAGAAUCUCAAGAUCAGGAUAUCCUUCUCGAAUGACACAUCAAGAGUUUGCAGGAAGGUAUGGAUUCCUGCUCUCGGAGAACCAUGUAUCUCGGGAUCCAUUAAGUAUAUCAGUGGCUGUUUUACAGCAGUUUAAUGUUCUUCCUGAAAUGUAUCAAGUUGGUUAUACCAAAUUGUAUAUCCGUUCCGGGCAGGUUGGUGUGUUGGAGGAUAGGAGAAAACAAGUUUUGCAAGGAGUAGUUGGGCUUCAAAAGUUUUUCCGUGGUCGCCGGGCUCGUCAUUAUUUCCAUGAACUCAAGAAAGGAGUAAUAACAUUGCAAUCAUUUGUUCGUGGUGAAAAUGCUAGAGUGAAAUAUGCUACUUUGGAAAAGAGGUGCACAGCUAGUGCUCCCCAAAUACUGGAUGAGCCGUUGACAACAAUCAUAUUUUUGCAAUCCGUAAUCCGUGGGUGGUUGGUUCGGAAGCAUUACAUGCAUAAUUUAAAACAAUCAAAUCUUGUGAAUUCAAAAUCUAAAAAGAGGCCUUGCUGGAAAAUUUUAGAAGUGAAGGAUUUGCCACAAGAGCAGGCCCAGCUUCUGCCUUCAGCUUUGGCGGAGCUUCGAAGGCGAGUUCUUGAGGCAGAAGCUACUAUGGGCCAAAAAGAAGAGGAAAAUGCUGCUUUGCGUGAACAAUUACAACAGUAUGAAACAAGGUGGACAGAGUACGAGGCAAAGAUGAAAUCUAUGGAGGAGAUGUGGCAAAAGCAGAUGUCAUCUUUGCAAAUGAGUCUUGCUGCUGCCAGAAAAAGCCUUGCUGCUGAUAACACUGUAGGUGAGGCUGGAAGAGAAACAUCUUCAUCACCUCACUUUUAUGAUUCUGAGGAUGCAACAUCCAUGGGAUCUCGAACUCCUGGUGGAACUACACCCGUCAAAUAUUCCAAUGCCAAUGCUGAUGGAGCAGGCAGAGGGUCUAAUGGUGGUUUGACUGCUGUCAACAAUCUGGUAAAGGAAUUUGAGCAGCGGAAACAGACUUUUGAUGAUGAUGCCAAAGCUUUGGUUGAGGUUAAAACAACGGUGCCACUUCCUAAUGUGCAUCCUGAUGCCGAGCUUCGAAAAUUGAAAUCAAGGUUUGAGGCAUGGAAGAAAGAUUACAAGACAAGAUUAAGGGAGACUAAGGUAAGGCUUCAUAAAGUGGCGAACUCAGAGGUUCGACGCACAUGGUGGGGAAAGCUAAGCUCAAAAGUUUCAUAGUAUUCCACUUCAUAUUAGCAUCGCCGUUUGUGUUAAGACGAAGGUGACAAUUCGAGGAUUACAGGUGGAGAAAGAAAUAUUUCCGAAACUAUGCCUGUUUCCGUCCUCAGGUGAAGUUGCUUUAUAUCUAUGGCAGGUGCUACGGUUGUUUAUAUGGUGUGAGGGAGAAAAAAUAUUUGUAUAUUUACCAAUUUUUGUUACUUUGGUGGAAUGACCAAUGACCAUGUCCAUAGUCCAAUAGGGAUAUUCCUUAGAGAUCAGUCUUUUUUUCUUUUGAAAUUAUUUGUGUAGUUGGUGUAUAUUAUGCUGUCUUUGAUGUGAUGUCAAGAAUUGUAGUACCAAGGUUAUUAAAUAUGGAAAGAAAAAGUGUUAAUAUUAUAUAA